AUGUCUUCUGUGACUGAGGUUACGGCUACUGAUACAGAAGAACAUAUUGUAGAUGUGGAUAAACUGUUGGUUCUUGUUCAAAGCCAUCCGGCCAUCUACAACUUAUCCAUGAAAGAACACCACAACCAGGAUGUGCUUACCAAGAUAUGGACACUCAUAGCGAAUGAGCUUAACGUUCCAGUUCAAGUGUGCAAGACAAAAUGGACAAACUUGAGGAACGGGUACAACAGAUAUGUACGAGAGUGAAGAAAACUCCCGAGUGGAUCCGGUCAAAGGAAAAGGAAAUGGCAUCUCUUUGAUGCUAUGCAAUUCCUGCAGCCAUGGACUUGGUCGACAAGGGUAAUGUCAAGUAAUUUGACGGCUCCAGUCCCUACCUUGGCGGAUGCCCUUGAUAAUUCAAAUAACGGACCUACAGAAGAUUCUUUGACCCCUUUAAGGGAAGUGCAAGAAGAAGGAGAACACGACAGUGCAAGUCAGGCGUCUCGCCGUGCCCUGUCGCGCCCCGCCCCGCCCGGUUCUGUGUGUGGCCGGCCUAAGUGGUCCUCACCUCACCUGCCAGCGAGCAAAGAUAUUCCUGAACAACAGAGUAGAGUCACAAACUACUUCGUGUGUGGUAAUCGCAUUGCUGACGAAGUCGAAGAAGAGGAAGAAGAGGAUAUGGAUGAAGGAGUGGUUGAAAAAAAGGAGGGACUUUACUCAUGA